AUUGGAAGGAAAAAGCCAUAUCUUUUUUUUUUUUGUUAUGGAAAAAAAAUGUUCUAUAAGUCUUGAAAUGCCCCGAGCUCUAGUGCCAGUGUUUUGAUUUCAUGAGAUCCACAAACAAACUCAAAACUUCGCAGGAAUUAGAAAUGGCGCACCGAUUUUCAUUCACAGCAUUCUCCAUAAUCCUCUUCGUUUUCACAUUUGCUCCCGAAUCCGCUCUGUGCAAAACCUUGAAACGAGACGUGAAAGCAUUGAAUGAGAUCAAGGCCUCCCUCGGUUGGAGAGUGGUGUAUUCCUGGGUCGGAGAUGAUCCCUGUGGCGAUGCUGUUCUUCCCCCUUGGUCCGGCGUUACCUGUUCCACUCAAGGAGAUUACAGAGUCGUCACUGAAUUAGAAGUCUAUGCGGUGUCAAUCGUUGGACCUUUUCCCGCCGCCGUUACCAAUCUCUUGGACCUUACUAGGCUGGAUCUUCAUAAUAACAAGUUGGCUGGGCCAAUUCCUCCUCAAAUUGGACGGUUAAAACGUCUCAAGAUACUUAACUUAAGGUGGAAUAAACUUCAAGAUGUUAUCCCUCCCGAGAUCGGAGCGCUGAAGAGUCUAACUCAUUUAUAUUUGGGUUUUAAUAAUUUCAAAGGGGAAAUCCCCAAGGAGCUUGCUAAUCUUCGGGAGCUCCGCUAUCUCCAUUUAAAUGACAAUCGCCUUUCAGGGAGAAUUCCUGCUGAACUAGGCACCCUACCCAAUCUGCGUCACCUGGAUGUUGGUAACAAUCACUUGGUUGGUACCAUAAGGGAACUAAUUCGUAUCGAGGGUUGUUUUCCAUUGAUCCGCAACCUGUACAUAAACAAUAAUUAUUUUACGGGAGGAGUUCCAUCACAGCUUGCAAAUCUGACCAACUUAGAAAUUCUGUACCUCUCCUACAACAAGAUGUCUGGAAUAAUACCACCUGGGGUUGCCCAUAUUCCCAAGUUGACUUAUCUGUACUUGGACCACAACCAAUUUAGUGGAAGAAUCACUGAUGCCUUCUACAAACACCCAUUCUUAAAAGAGAUGUACAUCGAAGGAAACGCGUUUCGACAAGGCGUCAAGCCGAUAGGUUUCCACAAGGUUCUUGAAGUUGUUUCUGAUGCAGAUUUCGUUGUUUAAUUCAGUAAGUCGAAUAGGGAUUUCAGUUUUCCGAGCGUGAAAGGAAUCUUGUUUAAGUUUACAUAUAUGCUCAUGUUGGCGAAAUCUAGCUCGGGAUGUUGCCAUUAUGAACCUUAUGGAAGGCUGCGAUGUGUAUAUAUUAUUCACUUGUUGGAAUUAACUGAAUAGUAUAAGCUAUAUUCGUAGUAAUAGAAUGUAAAGUAAAUUUAUCCGCUUGUACUUGCUGCAUUGCAGCCUAAUGUUUGUCAAACCUCGGGAAUCCAUUCCUGUUUACUUAUUAAGAAUUGGAAUGAAAAUCAAAA